UGUUUCUAUCCGGUAAUUUAAUGCAGAUGGACCGAGGCAACAUGACAGCAGCUGAUGGGAACACAGCAGUGAAUAUGAGAGAAGAAACUCAAAGUGAUGAAGAGGCCAAACUACAGAUGUUACAAGGUGCAGCGUUUCUGACCACGGUGGCAUCUGCCGGCAUGAUCGCAGGAUUUGGCUCCACGUUAGCACUGGCUAAGAAAAAAAGCCCAGACUGGUUUACUAAGGGAGUUGUGUCGACAGCAGCAGUCCCAGAGAGCGGAGCGUCUCUGGCUCUCAGAGCUCUAGGGUGGGGGUCUCUGUUCGCCUGGUGUGGAGUCGGUGUGCUCAGUUUCACUGUGUGGAAAGUCCUCGGUGUUCACUCUUUAUCAGAGUUCAGACAGAAGAUGCAGUCCUUCUUCCCGUCCAUCCCUAAGUCCGCUGAGGCCACAGCUGGAUCUGAACCCCUGGACUGGGACUCUGUCUUCAAGUCAAAGUGACGCACCGCAUCUGCUGGAGGAUGAAUCACGAGAGACAAGACUGUAAAUAUUGAGGACGCUCGGCAGCUGUUUGUGCUGCUUUCUCUGGAGUCUGGAGACUGUGCUGGACCGGUUUUAGUCCCGGUCCUGGGUUGUGAGCUCUAAGAGCUCUGGGUUUGGAGGUUUUUGGUCAGACGUCAGGGUCUACAAGCCAAGUGUGAUUUUUUUUUUUUUUUUUUUUCAAAAUCAGCUGCAGGUUUUGUGUCAAUUAAAUGAAAAUUCCAGUUUCAUUUAAUAAAAAAAAAACAAAACAAAGAAAAAAAACCAUAUUAUUGACUGUGGUAACUGAACCUGCAGUGAUACCUGAGGAUUAGGACCACCUUUGGAAAAAUAAUGAUAACGAGAUACUGAGAAACAAUUUUAAAGGAAAAAGUUGUAAAAUGUCAUGAAUAAAGUAAAGAAAUGUUCUUCUUGGAAU